AUGGCGAUGCACAAGGUUGUCGUCGGCGUAUUAAUCAUGGUGGCGUUCGCGGCCACAAGCGAGGUGGCGCAAGGGGAGUGGGACACUGCCGACGCCACCUUUUACGGCGACAUGUCCGGCAAAGCUACCAUGGGCGGACCUUGUGGGUACGGCGAUCUGUUCGCGCAGGGGUACGGACUGGCUAACACGGCAGUCAGCGGCGUGCUCUUCAACGACGCCGAGACCUGCGGCGCCUGCUACGAGGUGAAGUGCUUCAACAACACGCAGCACUGUACGACAACGAUCGCCAAGAUGACGGUGACCAGUCUGUGCCCGCCCGACCCGAAGCUUCCGGGUGGAGGACUCUGCCAGCCGCCGAAGAAGCACUUUGACAUGUCGAUGGCGAUGUACAUGACGCUCUCGAAUUCGCCGUACGCAGGGAGCAUCCCGAUUCAGUUCCGGAGGGUGCCGUGCGUGAAGACGGGCGGGAUCAAGUUCAAUAUCAAGGGGAACCCGUGGUGGUUCCUGGUGCUCGUCUACAACGUGGGCGGCUCCGGUGAUGUGUCGGCAGUUUCGGUGAAGGGGUCGAAAGAUGGGAAGUGGAUAACGAUGGAGAGGGAAUGGGGGCAGAACUGGCAUGUGAUGAUGAAGCCGGAGCUGGUGGGGCAGGCUCUGUCGUUCCAGGUGACCACAGGCGAUGGCAAGAUGGUGGAGUCGGAUGACGUGGCGCCGGCGAACUGGCAGCAUGGGCAAAUCUUCGAAGGGAAACAGUUUCCAACUAAUUAA